AUUAAGUUCAAAAUGUCGUUUAGAGAUGUAAGAAAUCUCGUCGAAAUGCUUAAAGCUCUUGGCUACCCAAAUUUGGUUUCCAUGGAAAGCUUCAGAACACCGAAUUUCCUAUUAGUAGCCGAAUUGCUUGUAUGGCUGUCCAAACGUUUCGAUCCGGAUGCUAAUAUACCAUUGGAAAUAAGUACUGAAGAUGAACGGGUCAAGCUUAUUAGAAACGCUGCACAUUUCAUGGCUCUUAAAGCCAACAUUAAACUAAAUACCAAACGUCUUUACCAAUCAGACGGUUACUCAGUGAAGGAACUUCUUAAAAUCACAACCCUUCUUUAUGAUGCUCUAAAUGUUAAUUUGGAUGAAAGCGAGGAAGACCAAAUUAAUGAAGAAAGCUUUAAUUUUAGAGACUUUGAUAUAUCUGAUAAGAUUAGUGACUUAAAGCUCUCCAGACAAUUAGCAAGUGAAAUAACUACAACCGGAGCUACUUUAUUUGAUUUACUUGGAAAAGAAGUUGAUUUAAGGUCAGCAAGACAAAGAAGCCUCGGUCGUCAGUACGAACUUUCAGACGUUGAAGCUGGAGUCAAAAAAGCAAUUGAAACCAUUAACCAAGAAAUAACGGAAACCAAACAGCUAAUUGAUAACGUGGCUGCAACUGAAGCAAGUCUAGAUUCGAAAAUCGAACGUAGAAAAAUUGAACUGGAUCGCUAUGAGAAAAGAUUGCAAACUUUAAAGAAAGUUCGUCCGGCAUUUCUUGAAGAAUUCACAGCCCUUGAGCAAGAGCUAGAGCAAUUAUUUAUUCAAUACUCUGUCAGGCUGCGUUGCCUCAAUCAACUCGAAAAACAAUUUACCGACUCUGAAAGAAUCCAGCUUCAAAAACAGCUCCAACUAACCUCGCCACAAGUACUUAAAAUUCCUCUAGACAAAUUCGAAAUGAAUGAUGACGUUUUGGGAAUAGAUGAGCCCGAUGAAAGACGUGGACCUAGACAAGAAAGACCUAGAGCAGGCACUGCAGGCCGUAAAUCACGCGGUAGACCUUUCGGCUCCAUGCAACCGCCGUUAUCUGGCAGCCAAUCUUCACUGGAUCUGAGUAGUGACUCGGAAACCGACUUGUUCGUUGAUAAGGAAGAGCCCGAGCUAAUGCACUCGGAUGACGAGUCUUUAGCUCUGGAAUUGUCUGGAAUGGACAGAGUGGUGGCACCGUCUGGGAGAAAAACUAGUACCAAGGUGCCGGAACCAAAUAGCGAUGACGAUUUUUAGUUUAAAACAAAAAUAAGCAGUUUUUAAAUUUUUUUAAUGUUGAUUAAAAUAAAUAAAUGAUAUAAGUGUAAGACAUGUUUUAUUUUUCUCCCAUUUGUACAAAUAGUUUUAAAAAAAAAUCCAAAUACCUACAUAUUCGACGAUGCAGGCCUGGUGUUGGAUAAGCAUAUUGAUGGUAGAAUUGGUUUCCUCAAAUAGAUACUGUUUGAUCGCCGGUCCUGAAUAUUCUUCUUCAUUGUUGCAUUUGUCUUGCACUAAGUCAGGCAAAUCCGUGAAAAU